CAACAAAAACACUGAGCUGACGUCGAGUGACAACAAAACAGCGAGGGAUAAGCCGAAUAGAAGUCCGGAUUCCAAUUGAGAAAAAAAAACCACGCAAAACGAAGAAAACAGUCAAUACAGUCCUUGACUCAUGCGCUAUACCAUUUCCGGCCAAGACCCUCUUUGUUAUCGUGUUAUCAGUGACUUCACACACCCUUCUCCCCACACACCCUAUUCUUUCAAGCUGAAAACUAUCUGUUCCUGAACUCUAUAUAAACAUUCUCAACAAAGAUUGACAUGUCCAAUCCAGCUGACGACCACGACCAGCUCCUCCCCGCCAACCCCGAAGACCGCAAAGCCGCCGCCGCCCUGUCCUCGCUUAACGAUGACCUCGGCAGCCGAGUCUCCUCCACCGCGGACCAGGAAGCGCUCGGGAAGGCGAUGAGUCGGUUGGAGAUUGCGGCGGGUCAGGGUGGGAAUACCGGUGGGAAUGCCACUGCUAGUGCGGGGCAGACAAAGCAGACGACGGAGGGGAAGAAAAAGGUGGUCAAGGUUAAGGCGGAGGAUGUCAAUCUGUUGGUGAAGGAAUUGGAUCUGAGCAAGGCCAAAGCGACGGAGCUAUUGAAGGCGAAUGAGGGAGAUGUAAAGAAGGCUAUACAGGCUUUUAUUGCAGUUGUCUAGAACACUGCUCACGAU